GGGGAAAGGGGAGGGCAGCAGGGAUGCCGAUCUCUCUGCGCGUCGAUGGCGACGACGGAUCUACACCCUCUCAAGCAUCACUCAUCCUCCCCUUCGACGACAUUAAUGAUGAGUCCCUGCCAGCCAUCCUCUCCCACCUGGAGUCAAGUCAUGCACACGACAUCGCCGCAUGGCGCGCACUGGCUCAGGAAUGCUACACGCGAGGCCACCACGCCCUCUUCCUCGCCAUCUUGCACAAGGCCAUCGAGCGGCUGCCCAAGAAAGGCUCCGCCAACGCAGAGAACGAGAAGGCGUCCGCCGAGGCCGUCAGGGUGGCGUGCUGUCUGGCCGAGUACCACCUGCAGCGGGCACUCAGAUGUGCGGUAAGCAGGGUGCGGGAGAAGGCCGUCCACCAGGCGUCCCACUGGAUGAAGCACUCGGGGGACAUGGAGCAGGCCGUCCAGAGCGAGCAGGCCAGGGCAUCGUGGCGGCAGCAGCUGCGGCUGCUCGAGGGAUACCGGGAUCUGCUCACGGCCAUGCGAAUCAGCGAGACCGAUCCCAACAAGGCCAGCCGCGACAAAGGGCUGAAUAAGACCAAAGUGGACGAGUACCUUAGCAAGGCCAGCCACGCCUUCGAGGACGUCAGGCGGGCGUGCGAGACCCAGAUGGACAGCGGGGAUGGUGGCCCACUCUCCCCCUCUCUCGACCGCCAUCAUGCCCGCGCCCUCCUCGGCUCUGCUGCAUGCGAUCUCGCCUCCAGGCGACCUGCCGACGCCCUCAAGAAGUACCAGACCGUCCUGCGCUUCUACCCCGUCUGCCCGCCCGCCGUGCGCUUCGGUCUCGGUGUGGCGGCCGCCCGUCUGAACCUGACCGAUCUGGCGAUGAAGGCCUUCCAGCGUGUGAUAGAGCUGGAGCCCGGCAACACUGACGCGCUGGUGGCUUUGGCCAUCCUGCAGCGUGACAAGUCGCCCCACAAGUCGGUCAUGUCACAGGCGGAGUGCCUCGUCAAGGCGCUGGUGCUCGAGGCUGAGAACGAGGGCAGCAGCAGCAGCAGCAGCAGGGAAAGGUGUGACGGUGGCGGGAGUGUGCGGCCGCUGCUCUAUGUGCUGUGGGCGGACCACUGCUACCUGGGUGGCGAGAUGGAGACCAGCAGCAGGUUCUUGGGCGAGGUCUACAAAAUGGUCGGUGCAGGGGGCGGGGGGCUGGUCUCCAAGGCUAUCAUCAACGACGCCAAGUCAGUACUCCGGCAACACACACACACACACAUUUUCACCCAUUCACUCAUUUCUCUGUCCAUCUGCCUUUGUCUGUCGAGCAGUUAUCAGCGGGCCCGGCUGUUCCACGAGGCCGGCCAGUUCAAAGAGGCGGUUCAGGCGUACGAGGCCCUCCUCGGCGCGCAGAGCACGGCCAGCUCCCACUCGACCGCCCCAUCCGUCUCUUUCACCGCCCCCACCAGCCCCCUGACUCUCCCCGCCCUCCUGGCACUCACGCGAGCCUACCUGGCGACACGGCAGGCGUCGAAGGCCCAGCGCGCCCUUGACGAGUUCCGCGAGCGGCAUAAGGCCAUGCGCGUUAGUGCCAAGCGUGAUGGGGGGCAAGGGGGGCUGGCCUACGUGGACAAGAGCAUCGUGCUUGAGGAGAAGAAGCUGCGUGGGUGUGUUGGGGAGAGGUUGCCGCGUCACGAGUGGACGGUGGGCCGGGGGGAGCUGGUGGGCGAGAUGGAGGUGCUGACUGAGCAGGAGCCUGACGACGCUGAGGCCUGGCUUAUGCUGGUAUGUAUGGAUGGUCGCUACAAAUAUACAUACCCACACACGCAUUCCAUUUGCACCCGUGUCGACAGACAUGAUGUGUGUGUGUGUGUGUGUGUGUCCAUGGAUCGGAUCGAUCAAACAGGCGAAUCUCUACCAAGACCUGCUGGUGUCGCACGACCCCUCAACCACUCUCCCAUCCGCCAUCAAGACAGCGCGCCCCCGGUCCCCCCUGCCCUCCCCCCUGAUGCCACACACGCCCUCCCCUACCACCUCGCUCUCUCUCGCCAAGUCGGCGCUCACCGCAUACGAGAAACAUCAGAGCGCCGUUGACCGCCUCAACCAGCAGAUGGCGGCCAAGUGGGGUGCUGGUGCUCAGGGUGCUCAGGGUGCUCAGGGUGCUCAGGGUGGUGGUCUGGAGGUCGCUCCUGAGGUGUGGAACAACGUGGGGGUCUUGCGCUUUGCCACUGGCGACUUUGAGGGGGCGAGGGACGCGCUACGUGAGGCGGAGGGCGUGCUCAAGAAGAAAAGGGCUGACGGGUUCGACUCUAUUGAGCAGGAGACCAGGAUCAAAUCGGCGCUGGUACCGUCAGACACACAUAUAUCGAGACAGACAGGCAGAGGAGGGCAGAGAGAGAGAGGGGGGGCAGAGAGGUGCAUGGGAUGGAGGGAAUGUUGUGUAUGUUUGGGGUCAGGUGACGGUUCGGUACAAUCUCGGCCGCACCUUUGAGGCGUUGGGCAGCCCCGGUGAGGCGCAGAAGUACUACAAAGAGGUCAACGACGGUGACGGCAAGAAGAGAGACGGCACGUGGGCCUACCCCGGCUACCCGCACUACGUCGACGCACUGCUCAGACGAUCGCACAUGGCACUCAUACGCGUGAGUAAGAGGCAGUCAUGUCAGUCAGCAAGGGAGGGAGGGAGGGAGGGAGGAGGGAUAAGCGGAGCUGGACUGAAUGUGUCUUGCUUUUCAUUCGCCGCAGGGCGAUCUGACGCUGGCCAAGAGCCAGGCGGACAAGGCCGUCAAGAACACUGCCCUCGACACAGGAACCGACGCCGUCCUCCAAUACGUACGCACGCCAUUCCCAACCAACACACCAGAACCACACCACCCACCCCUCACCUCUCUGUCCUCUUCCCAAACCACCCCCUCAGGCCCGCAUUCUGUGCAAGCAAGGUCGUCUGAGCGAGGCCAAGAAGGAGGUGGAGAAGCUGCGGGACCAGCUGAGGCACCAUGAGGACGACGAGCGGGCUGGCAAGGCCGGUGGAAAGAAGGGCGACAGUCUGAGUGGCAGCAGGGGUGGGGAGGGGGAGGCCUACCUCUACUGCUUCCUGGGGCAGCUCAACUACGAGCUGGCCGUCAAAAGGAGGAGGGAAAAGGAAUUCAGGUCCGUGUGCCCCGGGGGGUGGGUGGGUCUCAUGGGUGUGCUGUCUCAUGGGGGGUGAUCUGUUCUGUGACUCUCGCUUCCACAGGGAUUAUCGUUGGCACAUGGACGAGUCGCGGCGUCAGUACGAGAUGGCCCUCGAGUACGACCCGCAGAACCUCCACGCCACCAUGGGGCUGGCCUGCCACUGGGGCGAAGUCAACUACGUCAAACAGGUGGGUGGACCAACCCUAUGAUAGCACUAUCACGCCGUCCAUCACUCAUACCACCCACCAUCAUUAUCACCAUUCCGUGCAAAUGCAGGCAAAGGAGCUGCUGCAAGUCUUCCAAGAGUCAUCCCUCCCCACCCUCCCCCCGACAAGUGACUCGACCACCACCACCGUCACCAGCAUCCACACAGGCCACCAGUGGCCGUCCGGCCACGCCCUCACCCCCGCUGACCAGGAGGACUUCGCGCUCAACGUCAACCUGGGGCACCUGCACGCCGCCCUCUGCUGGCACUCGGCAGAGAAGAGGGACAGGGAGUUCUUCAGGAAGAUUGGCAAAGCCAAGCUCAGCGACGAGGAGCGGAGCAAGCAGGGGGCGGAGCGGUCGCACAUGAGGCAGAACGCCGACAGGAACACCUACAUGACGGUGAGUGAGAAUGGGGAGACAGACGGAGGGGGGUGGGGUGAACUUGACACGUCUGUGUGUUCGUGUGUGUGUGUGUGGUCAGGCCAAGAAUCACUAUGAGAAGGCGCUGAGGCGGUGUCCGAAUGACGUGAGGAUCUACCAGUGGCUGGCAAGACUUCACUUCGAGAUGCAUGUAAUGAGAAAAUACACACGCGCGCGCGCCUGGGCGGGUGGACACACACGCACACGCACCGGUCUUGCUGUGUACGGUCAGUAUUUCGACGAGGCCGUGUCGGUGCUCAAGAAGGCCCUCACCAUCUGGCCAUGGGACGCCUCUCUCAGAUACAACCUCGUAGCCACACACCACACCCACAACCGACCAACACCCACCCACACAUCCACGCCUCCCCUUUCCCCUCUCUCAGUGUCUGGCCCAGUCCGAAUCCAUCCCGCUCAAUAUUGUGGACAUCAACAAGCACUCCAACGUCGCCCUCCUGGACCGUCUCAUCGCCGAGGCCCGACACGCCGAGGCGACGUUCAAGUCACUGUCGACCAUGAAGCAGAGGCAGCGCGACGAGAGGCGAGAGCUGAUGGAGCUGAAGGCGAGGCUCAACGCCACUCGCGGAGAGGGCGGGGACGCCACACACAUCGAGAGGAGGAUUGCUGACAUCACUGCUCGAAGUAGGAAGGAACAGAGAGGGCUCGGGUGGAUGCGAGUGGAUGGGAGUGGUGUGGUGUGGAUGUGCGUGGGUGUGGGUCAGAGUAUCCGGUCGGUCUGGACAGCAUCAGCAGCAUUUCGGACCUCGACAGCAAGGUCAGAGGGGCCAGGCACGCCGUCGACUCGCUCAACAGUAAGGGCAUGAGCUCCCCCCUCCCCCCCAUCUACCCACUCUGACUGACGCACACUUACAUUUCUCUCACGCCUACAUACCCCUCCGACUAUUUCUAUGUUUCUGAGCAGUCAUGCGGCCGGACACCGUCCAAAGGGCCAAAAAGGUAAGGCGAUCGGGCGGGCGGGGGAGGGCAGCGACCGCACCCACAGAACACCGACGUCUCGCCAUUCUCUCUGUGGUGUGUGUGUGUGUGUGUGCCUUCAGGCGGCCGAGGAGGCGCGCCAGACGGCGGCCGACAGACGAAGACGACAGGCAGAGAUAGACCGGCGGGCGAAGCUGGAGGAGAGGGUACGCACACCGCACAAUCCGGGCAUCCGUGGAGGGUGUGGAUGGAUGAAUGAAUGAAUGGAUGAACCUAUCAGAGAAAGCAGCAGGAGCUUGAGGCCGACACCAUCGAGGCCCAGCGGCUGCAGCGGGAGAUGAUCGCCGAAGCCUGGGAAACUAAGGCACCCAAGUCAGUGAGCGAUGGACGGGUGACAGACAGAGAGACCCCACUGCCAAGCCAAGCGAUGCCCGCCCGUUCCAAUGCCAUAUCUGUCUGUGCCUCUUUUUCUCUCCCAUCGUUCAGGAAGCGUCAGCGUGCAGAGGAGGAAGAGCAAGAGGAGGAACAACAGCUGCCAGGUGGGUCAGUCCCUCAACCCACGUCCCCCUGACCCACACACAUUCGUAUGUCCCCUGUUCACUCACACGCACACCACACAGGUGCCAACGAGGAGGAGGGUGAGGGCGGUGUGGUGCGUGCUGAGGAGGAGGGCGCCAAGCCGCGCAAGAAGAAGAGGCGCCGCAAGGACAAGGACAAGGGUGAAAAGGGCGAGGGCGAGGAGAAGGCCAAGAAGAAAAAGACACGAAGGAAGAAACGAAAGGACAAGACUCAGGCCGGAGAGGUGAGUGACCAGCGUACGUGGCCUGCCUGCAGUAUGUAUGUAUGUGUGUGACAUUCCAUCCAUAUGUCCAUCCAUGUAUCUAUCGAUCCACCCUUCAGGAGGGCGAGGAGCCGCCGAAGAAGAAACGCCGCAAGAAGCGCAAAAAGAAGGUCGAGAGCGAGGAGGACGAGAUCCCUGACGAGCCACCAGAAGAGCUAGAGCCGCCACAGGAGCUGGAGCAAGAGCAGGAGCAAGAGCGAGAGCAGCAGGAUGAGCCCGAGCAGCGCGGUGAUGAGGAUGAGGCGGCCGACGAGGCAGACGCCCCACCAGACCCAGAGGAACACGACCAAGAUAACGACAACCAAGGUGCGGAGCGGGCAGCUUGGCUUCCAAUGCACUGUAUGUGGGUCUCUCAUACAAACAUGGUGUCUGUCUGUCUGUCUGUCGGUUUUGUGUGUGUGUGGCUGGGUGUGGUGUGUGGCUGCAGGUGAUGGUGAGGGUGGCGGCGAGGAGCAGACGGCUCAGAUGGAUGCGGACGAGUAAUUAGUGUGCGUGUGAUUUGUGUUUUUUCCGCCGUUUAUAGGGAGUUGAGAUCGAUCGAUUGAUUGAGAGAGCGCUGCAUGAAUCGCCUUGUCUGUCAUUCACCUUACUCCUUCUACGUGCGCGGCUCAUGAGCACUACAAAUUUG